AUUUCUUUUCAGUGUACAUGGACGGUCCAUGGUGGAACUAAAGUAUUUGCUCAAACAUGUUGUGCCGGUGAAAUAAAUGCAUUAUGCAGAGAAUUAGGAGAACAGGGACGAAAUAUUUUGGUACUUUUUAACGCAAUUUGCGCAAUCGUUUGCAUUUUGCUCGUGCCAGUCGUUAUUAGGGAACGCAGGCGAAAUCAUGAAGCCCGUGGAUGGGCUUUAAUGGAAAUAUUUUUGUUUGGUGCUGCUGCACUUUAUUCUAUUUUACUAAUAGACUGGCUUAAUCCUACGUCAUCAACAUGCUAUAUUGCAAUUUGGCUUCGACAAAUUGGUUUUUCAACAUUCUAUGGAUCGAUACUAUUGAAAAUUUAUAGGAAUCUUCAAGAAUAUCGCGUACGGAAAGCGCAUCAUGUUUCAGUGAAGGAAGAAGAUUUAUUGAAAUAUCUCGCAUGUUUACUUUCUUUAACAGUAACAUCGUUGGUAGCUUGGACUGUUGGAUCAUGGCCAAACGAUAAUUUAUGGAAUAGUGCUUGGCCUCAAUGUGAUAAUCAAGCGUGGAUCUACACAUGGUACAUGUACGAACUAAUAUUUCUUUUAUAUGGACUUAGAUUAUGCUAUAAGGCACGUAACAGUACAUGGUUGGAACGAUGGCAAUUUACAAUAGCCGUGUGCCUGGAAACUGUCGUUACAUUGCUGGUCAACCUUAUAAGAAAAUUUCACUUGCAGAUUAGUUCAGAAAGCAUGAGGCGAACGCAGACAUUAUCAGGCAGUAGCUCAAAAGCACAUCCAUCUUUAGCAAAAUUACGAGAUAACCUUCUAAAUGGUACUGUUGAUUUCAAUGAAAUACCUAUUGCCGAUAUGAACCCUGAAGAUAUUCGGGUUCGUCGUGUUGAUGAAGAGGAGAGAAGCGAUUUAACAGUUGAAUCUGCCCCACACAAUGUCUUUCUUUCAACAUAUAAACUGCAAUUAGAGCCAAACCAAUCUGUUCGAGUAUAA